ACAAUGCUACAAGUUUAAGAGAAACCAAAUCACCAUAACCUUUUUACUACAGAAGGUAUUUGUUGGUUCUUGCCUGAAUUUAUAGAUUCUGAAGCAGCGCCUCACAGUGCUAAAUCAGAUUAUAUAUAUAUUUAUUUAUUUGUCAUUUAUUUGGCCAUCACCAACUGACCACUAAUUGUUAACACAAAAAGCAUCGUUGUAAAAGUCUACUGUUGAAAAAAAGAACAAGAAUGGCAAACUCAAUCAAUGGAUCCUCAAACAGAACAGGGAACUUUUCUAACCAAUUCAUCCAGCCUUUGUGGCAGAUUGGUUUCUGGUCUGUCGCGUAUGGUUCUGUUGUGGCGGUGGCCGUCUUUGGUAACCUGAUUGUUAUUUGGAUAAUCCUGGCUCACAAACAAAUGAGAACCGUCACCAAUUAUUUUUUGGUGAACCUGGCUUUUUCUGAUGCCUCAAUGGCUGCCUUCAACACCUUAAUAAAUUUCAUCUAUGCUCUCAACAACGAAUGGUACUUUGGUCAAGGUUACUGCAAGUUUCACAACUUCUUUCCCAUCACGGCUGUCUUUGCCAGCAUCUAUUCUAUGACAGCCAUCGCUGUAGACAGGUACGUGGCCAUCAUACACCCUCUGAAGCCAAGACUCUCUGCAACAGCAACUAAAGUGGUGAUUGUGAGCAUCUGGAUCUUGGCGUUUGUCCUUGCCUUUCCCCUGUGCUUCUUCUCCAGGACUAGACAGAUUCCAAAUAGAAUUCUCUGCUAUGUGGACUGGCCCAGUGGCUUUACUGAUCAGUUCAUGUAUCAUAUCAUUGUAACAGUGCUGGUGUAUGUGCUUCCGUUGGUUGUCAUGGGUAUUACCUAUACCAUAGUAGGUGUCACUCUAUGGGGAGGGGAGAUCCCAGGAGACACUUCUGACAAAUACCAUGAGCAACUGAGGGCUAAAAGAAAGAUUGUAAAAAUGAUGAUCAUUGUUGUUGUGACGUUUGCCAUUUGCUGGCUGCCCUACCACAUUUACUUCAUAUUGACUGGAAUAUACCCUCGUUGGAACCGAUGGAAAUACAUCCAACAAGUGUACCUUUCUAUCUUCUGGUUGGCCAUGAGUUCCACAAUGUACAAUCCCAUUAUUUACUGUUGCCUUAAUAGCAGGUUUAGAGCUGGAUUCAAGAGGGCAUUCCGUUGGUGCCCAUUCAUCAAGAUCUCCACCUACGAUGAAUUAGAGCUAAAAACCACCCGGUUUAAGCCGACUCGCCAGAGCAGCAUGUACACUGUCUCCAAGAUGGAAUCCAGCAUGACCGUUGUCUUUGAGCCCACUGAGGGAGACAAUCCAGACCCUGCCAGGAAGAAAAGUGCCACUUCUCGAGACACCAGCCUCAAUGGCUACAGCGCCAAAACAUCAAGGAGUUCGAGCUUCUACAGCACCACAAACACUUCUGUGGAAGAGUAUUCAUGAAGCCUACAGACAUGCAUGGAUUGUAAACUGGAAAAAGCAUUGUAAAUCCUAUAGCUUAGCAUCAAAUGUAUGUAGAGGACACUUUGCAUGUAGUACACUCUUUUCCUCCUAAGGUAACUUAAAGAGUAAGUAGCGGGGUUCCGAAAAAUAUAGUGUUAUAUGUCCCCACGUGUUGCUACAACUGUUUAAAUAAUGUACCUGUAAUUUUUCUUUUCAUUGUUAACAUUCUGACAGUGUUUUACACUUAUAAUUUUAAAGUCUGUUUCAAGGCUCUUUUCAAAAUGGCCGCUCUAGUGCACUGGAGUUUGACAUCUGUCCUCUAAAUCACUGCAGGAAGAGCUCUGGUUUUUCUGUUCCGUACCAGAUCAUGGAUCAUUAUUUUUAACAAUGCGGGCAAUAAUCCUUACACUAUCAGUGCACUAGGGCGGCCAUUUUGAAAAGAGCUUUGAAACAGACUUUGAAAUUAUAAGUGUAAAAAGUUGUCACGAUGUUAACAAUGAAAAUAAAAAUUACAGAUACAUUAUUUAAACAGUUGUAGCAACACAGGGAAACAUAUAACUAUAUUUUUCAGAACCCUGCUACUUACUCUUUAAAGAAAGGAAUGUUUUUUUUUUUAAAUUAUACAUUAUUUGAAAACUGAGAGAUAUUGAAAUUAUCUUAAAAAUAAAAAGCCAAAGCAUUACUUAAACCAGUUGUUUAAAUUGAGCCCAUUAUUUUCCCAGUAAUCUGAAAUUAUCGACCUUUGAAGGGGGGGGGUCCAUUCAUAUGGGAAAAAAAGAUAUAUUAUCCAAAAAGAAAAACAAAGCAUACAAUUAAAUGCAUUCAAGACAUUUCAGAAAAAUCUGAAUAAAUCAAUUAAGAUUUCAAAGUGACUGAAGUGUUUCCAUGCUAAUGUUGCAACAUCUUCAGAUUAAUUUAAGAAUCACCACAAAUCCAACACCAUGACAAUUCCAAAAGAUCUUUUCCAGUUUUGGGGAAUAAAGCAUCAUACCAGAAUAUCAGAUAUGUACUUGUAAAUAAAUGUCUGCUCUUUAAAGUACGGUUUUAGAAAAAUAUUUUGUUCAGCUAUACAUGUUCUUACAGUGUUUCUUUUUAUCUUGUUUGUUGGUGUGCACAGCAGGUUUCUUUUUAAACAUCAAUGUAUGUAAAUCUUGGGUCCAGUUGCUUGGCUAUGGUUAUGUGAGAUACAUUACAAUGAGAAGAAACUUAAUUACCAUAGUCUGCAUAUAUUAUAUCGGUCAUUUAAAUGUAUCAUGUUCAUUGUAUUAGAAGUCCACGGACUGCCAAGGAAACAAACUACUAUGUGGUGCAUGCUACAUAAUUUGUGUAUUGUAUUUGUAAUGUAUUACUGCAGUGUACAACAGUAAAUGUUUGAAGUGUGGUAGUGACAAUUGACUAUAAUAAAGGUUGACUUUUCACAGCCUUUUAUAAGAUUAGCCAUACACAGCUUGUGAUAUGGCAAACAGCUGGUCAACUCCCCCAAAAAAUUAUCACCAAUCUUGUGUGUGCCCUUAAAGCCAGCUGCAGGCAGUCACCAUCACAUACAAAACCUGCUGCUCCUGCUAGUUGCAGUAAAUGUGCUCAGGGCGGGUCUGCCUGUGCCAGUAAAAUAUGAAGUACCACAAAAAGGAGUCUUGUUGUAAAUGUCGUUUUUUUUUUAAGUGUAACAUUGUUUACUUAUUGAAAACCUUACUGUUUAUAGUUCUCUUGAAUGUUUAUUUAUUAUAUACCAUACUACAUGGAGGUCUACAGCUUAAUACGUCUUCUUGAUUUGUAAUUAGACAAACGAGCAUUUAUUCUUUUGUGCUGUGAGCUCUUUCUUUGCUUUUUAGGUAUUGCAUUGCUUUAGGCAGCAUGUGCUUUAUGAAUUGAAUUUGUUUUCACUACCCUGUUGAAAGCGAGAAUGGUAGAUUUCUAUUUUUUUUCUGAAGUGGUUGUGGUGCAGGCAUAGAGAAUGAGAAUGAGGAGGGGGAAUAUGAUUGUAUAGACACCUUAUUCGUUUUUUGAUUAUCAGAUUAUUAGUCAUUUUCGACUAAAGAUACAAGCAGUAUGGGAUUUAUGUGAGGAGUUAUCAGAGGAUUUGGAGAACUCCACGAUGCACAGCUUUGCCGGUCCUGUGACAGUAAGAUAACCACUGAGCUAAGAUUCUAUGGGGGGCUUUCAAAGUAUGGAGGAUAUUUUAUGCCAAAAUGAAAAAUAAAUACAUACAUAAAUAAAUGUUUAUAUGUUUAUUUAUUUCGACAUUUAUUUAUUCAUUUUUCCAUAUCAAAGAUCCAUCGGAGUCUACUCAGGUUUAAGCCAGUGUACCAUGUCCAAAAUAGUGACUGAAGUGACUGCGUGUGAAUAAAUAUAUAUGCUUUCUGAAAACUACAGUUGUCACAAAAAAACAAAAGAAUAAUUUUACACAAUUGCGGCAAUUCAACACGUUAUCCCAUCCUAUUUUUGUAUGGUCACAGGAUCUGUUGAUUCUUUGCCUUGCAGGAAGCUUUAAUAUAAAAGGAGAACUGCAUCAGCAAGUAUUUCUACUUCCUCAGAUGAAAAAUGAGGUUUUCUGUUGUUUUUUAUUUUCUCCAAAACCAGAGGCAAGCUCUCCAGUUGUAUUGGGGUUUGCAGUGAUUUAUUAUAAAACAUGAAAAUAGGGCCGUAGUGUCUUACAGUGUUUAUGCAUGCAUUACCAGCUGUAAACAGACCAGCUCAGCAGAGCCUUACACAACAGGGCAAGGCUUCCAGGACACUUUAAAAUGAGAUUGAGAUACAGCAGAUGGACAUUAUUUUAAGUGCACAUAUUUGUAAAUGAUGUUCUGCUUGAGACAUAUUUUGGCAAAUUGCAUGUCAAGUUACUUUUACAGAUUUUACAGUUUUGUUUACUGUAGUUUAUGUUCAUUUUCAUUGGAGGCUUGCUGUACAGUAAUUCUAUGGGCCCUAUUCUCGAACCAAGCUUAUAAAGACUGAGCCCACCUUUCCCAAAAUGUUCUGGAAGUCUCUCACCACAUCCUUUGAAACUGUAUUUCCCAUUUGGGGGGUGUCCGGCCUUGUUUGGCCUCUGACUUUGGAGGUUGUACCUCAAAUGAGAACAGCUUCUGGUGGACUGGAAGACGAGAUCCUGGGCCAUACUGUGUAAUUAUUGCAGAUUUUCAUGACCCAUAAAGCUGUGCCUAGUUAUUUGAAUGUGGCAGCCUUACAAAAAUCAGCCUACCUAACCGGACAUAUAGAUCAAUGCCUUGUGCAAUACAUAUCUACCCCUGGAUAAAACAUACACAGCACAUCAAGUCCCAGUGAUUUCAAGGCUGCUUAUACCUAACCAUUAGUGAUGGGUUAAAACCAAGCUUCUGAGCUGGAUACUGAUAGGGAUUCCAUUGUUAUUAUUAUUUAUUUCUUAGCAGACGCCCUUAUCCAGGGCAACUUACAAUUUUACAAGAUACUGUUAAUUGUUAUGCAUUCAUAUACAUUUAGAGGGGGCUGUAUUGCAUGAGACGCUGUCAUGUUGCUUUAUUUUGCUCUUAUCUGCCCCCUAUUUUACUGCAUUUAAUCCUGUACUUCAGAAUACUGUAAUCUGCCAAGUGUUUAACCUGUAGUAUUUUGUACUUAAUCAUAUCCUGAUGUAACUAUCACUAUUUAAUCAUAUCCUGAUGUAACUUUCACUAUUAUCUGCUGUAUUAUUGAAUUGUGGUUUGUCACACUUGAAAAAAAAAAAAAAUUAUUGUAUUUCUUGCUCUUAUUGUAUGACUUGUAUUGUAACACUUGAAUGUAUUUGUAUUUGCUUGCGAUUGUAAGUCGCCCUGGAUAAGGGCGUCUGCUAAGAAAUAAAUAAUAAUAAUAAUAAUGUUGGAAGGGCCAUUUCAAAGACAACUAUAUACCACCAUUAGAGCAUUUUUAUAUUUUUAUGAUAAUGGUAAUUUUAAAGCAUCAAAUACUAAAUUUGUAAAAUAAUUAAAAACAUUCCGAUCGUCCUGAAAAAUAUUAUCAAUGUUUUGUACUGCAUAUUUAAUAUUGCUAUGAUAUCACAAUAUAGAUGUUGGUUGUUGAUUGUCUGUGACUAAAAACCUGUCAUAUCUAACCAUACAGUAGAUAUUUUAAGUAUUUUAAUAAAUGUUUCAAUUAUGUAAAUUAAAUGUCCAGCCUGUUGAAUACUUCUAAAAGGAUUUAAAAUAAUGCUGUGUUUAGUCAGUGUGUUAAAAUCUAUUUUGAAUGUUUUAAAUGUUUAAGUGUUAAAAUAUGAUCUAUAUACCCCACAUGCUGCCAAAAAAAACUGUACAGUUGUAUACAUUUAUUUUUGUAAAACAAUUCGAUAUUGAAGCAGUGGUGCAUUAAAAUGUAUGUUAUCUUGAUGCAUAGUGCGCUUCCUGCAGGCCUUGUCAAAUUGUCCACUUGUUUACAUAUUUUAAAUAAACAACUCAUA